CCGAGAUGCUAAGGUCGUUGCUUUCAUCCUCACCCUCUUGACGCUCUUGCUACCUCAUUACUCACGAUGGAGUCUGUGAACCGCCCGGUAAUUUUUGUUCUUAGUCUUAUGUUUCGAGAAUUUCUAGAUGAAUCGUAUUCGUCCCUAUUCAAUAGACUCAAUGAAUCCACCCAAUUGAGGCGUGCCAAAGUGGCAAGUGAGGCGAUUCAAUACCUUGAAGAGAGCAGCCCAAGAGCGAUCCUGGUCACCGACGAAGGCUUGACGAAGACGGAGAAUAGAGUAGUGCUGGAUAAAGUGGUGUUAUACGUUCGUAAUGGCGGCCUGGUCAUCUUUGGUUUACAUUUCCCAAACUUUACGAGGAUGGAUGACUUCGACAAUUUCUUCAACAGGGCUUUUGGCAUUCCUUGGAAGCACGGCGACUAUCAUAGGUCCGACUUCAAGCUUAACCCCACCUGCUCCCUUCCCUUGGGAGCCGCGUCAGACUCGCUUCCUGCGCCAUAUAGCAUGAAGGUGCUUCACGUCAAAAACGCUCAACCCCAUGAAAAGGUCUUCAUUCCAGUUAGUGGCGCUAAGACUCAAUCGUCUGUCUUCCCCACAGAAUAUGUGGAUCAAGCGCAGGCCGCAGUGGUUGCAGCAAACGUGGGAAAUGGAUACCUGGUCUAUUGUGGGGACGUCAAUCCGGGGGAUGCAUCUGAUAGUGUUAUCUUGUCUUUGUGUGGCUUAUGAAAGUAUUCAAGGGCAUGAUUCAUUUAAGAGAACAAGUAUUCUCGCGAUGGUUGAUUGUGUCUGGUCGAGACAGGCUUAAAGCGGAUAGUUAGUCGAAAUGAAAGAUGGUCGUAUUGAA